AUGGACUAAAAUACAAAUAUUGAGAAAUUUGAAACUGAAGACCUAAAAUUAAAAAAUAAUGACCAAAAUGGGUAAAUUGUAUAAAAAGAAAAUUCAAAGAAAAUUAAAUGGCAGCUAUUAAGAAAUACAAUGAAAAAUUCUCAUUAGACUUGAU